AUGGUCGGCAAAACGUGUGUAGCUUCAUCUACGACUAUCGAUGCUCUUGGAGCCGCGUUUGAAGCCAUGCCACCAAGAAUUUGUUAUUGGCCGCGCAGAAUGAGGCUAUCAGACCGUGACGAAUUGAGAAAGUCGGUGUUGAAAGAGGCUCAACAAGACGCCGAUGAUGAAGCAUUCUUGUUUGAUUUAAUGGUAAGAGUGAUUACCAUUUUAUUGUAAAUAUAAGAUAGCAUGUAUUGAUUUACGCGGCCUUAUUCUUACCUCUAUUUUGUUCUUUUGAAGGUUUUUGAGGUAUAAGGAACGGUAUAUUAGAGUUAUUGUAGCAUACGUAUUGAGAUGAUAUAUGGUAAAGUAUGUUUUAAGAUAUAGUAGAAUUAAGCUACGAAUUUUUUGGGGUAGGACUAGUACUGAUUGAAAUAAGGUUGAUUAUUAAAAUAAAAAAAAAAUUUUCUUCCGGACCGGUCCGGAGCUUUUUCUUCAGGUCCGGGUCCGCAGGUUUUUGGGACCGGCCCGGUCCGGUCCGCAAAAAUUUUUGUUUCGGCCAUCCGGUCCGGACCGGACCCGUCCGCGGGCCGGACCGGUCCGGCAAAACACUGGGUAAGACAGAAUGAAGUUCAAGUUAUUUUAUACAUGGUAGGGUAUGGUAGGAUAGGGUAAGGUAGAAUAUUGUAAGGUGGGGUACAGUUAGAACGGUUUGGGUAGAAUAGGAUAAAAUAUGAUAACAGCGGGUACGAUUAGGAAGGUUUGGGUAAGAUAGAGUAGAAUAUAGAAUAUUUAGUUAAAAAGGUUGCGUAGAUAAUGCAAAAAAAUUCAAGAGGUAAAAUACGAAUGCGCUUCUUCUGCUUUGUUAUAAAAAAAUUUUUUUAAAUUUUGAAAAAGUAUUUAAAAGUAGUACUUUUUUUAAAUUUAAGUUGUAACUGGUUAAUAUAAUAUUAUAUAAUAUGUGAGGAUCCUUAUAUAGAAGGUCUUUAUAAAGAGUUUCCAUGGUAUUUGAUUGUCUUCUUUAUGUUCAUAUAAUGUUUUGUAGCGUGAACCAACUCAAACAGCAGCAAAAACUGAAGAAGUUCUGACAAACCAUGAUGAAUGUAUAAGAAGUAAUAAUGAAGAAGAUUCUUUCUUAAUAUCGACCAGUUCCUCAAGAAAACGAACAGCUUCAACUUCUCCAAAGAGGGCUAUCACUAAACAACGUCGGUUUGCUUGA